AUGAACCAAUACCACAUAUACGAAAAGAUAGGCAAGGGGAAGCAUUCAGUGGUGUACAAGGGCCGCAAGAAGAAGACCAUUCAGUACUAUGCCGUCAAGAGCGUGGAGAAGAGCCAGAAGGGGCGCGUGCUGCAGGAGGUGCGCACCAUGCACGCGCUGGACCACAAGAACAUCCUCAAGUUCUACGCCUGGUACGAGACCACCAACCACCUGUGGCUCAUCCUGGAGUACUGCGUGGGCGGCGACCUGAUGAGCCUGCUGCGCCAGGACGUGCGGCUGCCCGAGAGCAGCGUGCAUGACUUUGCGCGCGACAUGGUGGUGGCGCUGCAGUACCUGCACUCCAACAGCAUCAUAUACUGCGACAUCAAGCCCUCCAACGUGCUGCUGGAUGAGAACGGGCGCCUCAAGCUCGGCGGCUUUGGCCUGUCGCGGCGGCUGUCAGACAUCAACAAGACCUCGGUCACCAACCUGCCGCCGGCCAAGCGCGGCACGCCCUGCUACAUGGCCCCCGAGCUGUUCUCAGAGGGCGCGACGCACUCGACCGCGUCCGACCUGUGGUCGCUGGGCUGCGUGCUGUACGAGUGCGCGGUGGGGCGGCCGCCGUUCAUGAACAGCAGCUUCACGCAGCUGGCGCACGACAUACUCAACAGCGACCCCGCGGCCGUGCAGGGCGCGUCGCCCGAGUUUGCCCACCUGCUGUCGCGGCUGCUGGACAAGAACCCGGCCACGCGCAUCAAGAUUGCGGUGUCAAACCUGGAGAAGGACGGCGACGGCGGCGCGGACUACACUGCGGCGGCCCCCCAGGCCAACGGCGCCGACAUCGUCAUCGACAGCGCCGACGCUGAGCUGGACUUUGAGGAGGAGGCGCGGGACGGUGGGGGCCCUUGGGGGGCGGCGCGCGCCGCCAUACGGACGAUGAGUCAUGCCGUCACCCCCGCCUGGUCUGAUGCAACCUGA